GGGCUCAACCCAAACGCAGACGCCUGCUAUAGGCAGAAGGCGAUGGUGUAUUUUGAGCAGUUGAAGGAGUCCCAGGAUGCCUGGGAGGUGUGUGCAGAGGCCCUGGCUAAAGGCAUUUACAGACAUGGAGGUCUCAGUGCUGCCCAGCAACAGCUGAUUAGAGAAACCCUGAUGAAAUGGCUGCAGUGUCAGUUAAUGAACUCUCAGCCAGAGAAGCCGUUCAUCCGUAACAAGGCAGCCCAGGUGUUUGCUCUGACCUUCGUGAUGGAGUUCCUGACCCACUGGCCCAAGUUCUUCUAUGAUAUCCUGUCUCUAGUGGGUCUGAACCCACACGGGGUUGACGUCUACCUCAGAACACUGAUGGCUAUCGACGCUGAGGUGGUGGACAGAGAUAUCCUGCACUCACCUGAGGAGGUGCGUAGGAACACCUUAAUAAAGGAUGGAAUGAGGGAGCAGGUCAUCCCCAGCCUGGUUGAGUCCUGGUACCAGAUCCUCGGGGCUUAUCAGCAGUCUCACCCUGAGAUCACCUGUCAGUGUCUGGAGGUGGUAGGGGCAUACGUCUCCUGGAUAGACCUCAACCUCAUCGCCAACGACAGGUACUGUCUGGAGGUGGUAGGGGCAUACGUCUCCUGGAUAGACCUCAACCUCAUCGCCAACGACAG